GCUAUUUAUAGGGGCGGAGGGGCGCUGCGCAGAAGGAGCGAGCAGGCGGGUCGGGCCCGGUCAGGCCGGCGGCUUCAUCGCGCCUCAUCCCCGUGGGAGCAGGGAAAAAGAGACCGAAAAACCGCGAUCCGCCUUCGCCGGAGCGUCCCUUCGGCGGCCGUUGAGCUUUUGUUUCCGUUUGCGCAGCGCCCGAGCGCUCCCCCUCCCGAGCUUUGUUCUUUUCCCGGCCCCUGUGGGGAAAGGCGCGGCCAAGAUGGAUCCUUGUCACACAGAGGAGACCGAGGGCGAGAUCCCCGGCUUGGGCUUCAGUGACCGAAGCGAGCAGAUUGUUUCACGUGGGGUAGCGUCAGCAUUUGAAGCUGGCUCGCCCGCUCGCUGCCGCCUGACUGGGACUAGGCGCUCUCCGGACAGCGGAUCAGGCUCGGAGCCCUAGAACCACCGCGGAGCCCCACCAUGUCAACCACGGAAACGGAGACGGAGCCGAGCCUCACCCCCAAUGUGAUGCUCAACACGGAGAGCAGCGAGGGAUAUGUGGUGAAAGUCAGGGGGCUGCCCUGGUCCUGCUCCACCGAGGAGGUGCAGAGGUUUUUCUCCGAUUGCAAAAUUCUAAACGGGGCUUUGGGUAUCCGUUUCAUCUACACCAGGGAGGGCAGACCAAGUGGAGAAGCAUUUGCUGAACUUGAAUCAGAGGAGGAUGUGAAAUUGGCACUGAAAAAAGACAGAGAAACAAUGGGACACAGAUACGUUGAAGUUUUCAAGUCAAACAACGUUGAAAUGGAUUGGGUUCUGAAGCAUACUGGUCCCAACAGCCCUGAUACGGCUAAUGAUGGUUUUGUUCGUCUUAGAGGACUCCCAUUUGGCUGUAGUAAAGAAGAAAUUGUACAGUUUUUUUCAGGGUUGGAAAUCGUGCCAAAUGGGAUAACAUUGCCGGUGGACUUCCAGGGGAGGAGUACGGGGGAGGCCUUCGUGCAGUUUGCUUCACAGGAAAUAGCUGAAAAGGCUCUAAAGAAACACAAGGAAAGAAUAGGGCACAGGUACAUUGAGAUCUUCAAGAGUAGUCGAGCGGAAGUGCGCACUCACUACGACCCUCCACGCAAGCUGUUGGCAAUGCAGAGACCCGGUCCUUACGACAGACCUGGUCUUACGCGGGGAUAUAACAGUCUUGGUAGAGGAAGUAGCUUGGAAAGAAUGAGGCGUGGAGCCUAUGGAGGAGGUUAUGGAGGUUAUGAUGACUACAAUGGGUAUAAUGAUGGCUAUGGUUUUGGUUCUGAUAGAUUUGGAAGAGAAUGGACUCUUUUCUCUGCAGGAAUGUCGGACCACAGAUACGGCGACGGGGGAUCCACCUUCCAGAGCACGACUGGCCACUGCGUCCACAUGAGAGGUCUGCCUUACAGAGCUACGGAGAACGACAUCUAUAACUUCUUCUCACCUCUGAACCCUGUAAGAGUACACAUCGAAAUUGGACCAGAUGGCAGAGUAACCGGAGAGGCAGACGUUGAAUUCGCUACUCAUGAGGAUGCAGUGGCCGCUAUGUCCAAAGACAAAGCAAAUAUGCAACACAGAUAUGUAGAACUCUUCUUGAAUUCUACAGCAGGAGGAAGUGGUGGUGCCUAUGGCAGUCAAAUGAUGGGAGCAAUGGUUAAGGAGUCGGAAGGGGUAGUCCAAGAUUGGAACACUAGCACAUUGCCAGGAAGCCAAUCCAGUUAUGGUGGUCCAGCUAACCAGCAGCUGAGUGGGGGUUAUGGAGGAGGAUAUGGUGGUCAGAGCAGCAUGAGUGGCUAUGACCCCGGGAGCCAGGGCGCCAUGAACAGCAGUUACUACAGCAGCGGGAACCGCGCGUCCAUGGGAGUGAACGGCAUGGGCGGCAUGUCGAACAUGUCCAACAUGAGUGGUGGCUGGGGAAUGUAACCCAUCGCUGACUUUUGGUCACAUCUUUUUUUAAAAAACAAAAAAACAAAAAACUAAGUUUAACAGUUUUGCAAUACAAGCUUGUGAUUUAUGCUUUACUGUAAGUGAAUUCAGGAUUGUUAUUUUAAAACCUUUCGGGUUCAGUAUUUUUGAACAUACAGAAAUGAACAUUCAUCUAGGAUGUAAUAACCAAGUUGAGUAAAGACUAUAACUGUUAAACAAUUUUGAGCGUUUCUCAAGUUAGUUUUGUUGUAGGAGUGUAUUUAAGCAGUAAGCGUAUUUAGGUUAAAGCUGUUUGAAUUACGUUAAAUGUUGCUCUUAUACCAUAUUACAUCCAACACUGUUUUGAAUACAUGUUGAGAGAGACAUGCUUUUUUGUAAAGAAACAAUAUAGGAGCUGUGUCUGAAAUUCAAAGUGAACAUUUGGCAUGUUAGUUCUAGUUUAUUUCUUUUAAUAUCCUGUAAGGCACGUUAAAGCUUUUUUUUUUUUUAAGUUAAUGGGGGAAACAUGUUGAGACGCAAUACGGCUACUUUAGGAUUUUGGUCUUGGUGUUCGUAUAAAAUUCUGAGGCCUUGAUUUAAUCUUUCAUUGUAUUGUGAUUUCCUUUUUAGGUGUAUUGCGCUAAGUGAAACUUGUUAAAUAAAUCUUCCUUUUAAAAACUGGAA